AUGACCACUCGGGCAGAAGACAGAGUCGACAUGACAGCAAGACCAAAUUGCCAAAAACGAGAUAAAUUCAUUUCUGUCCAUCGAAUCGAGCCUGCUUCCAUAGUGAAGGUCUACCGUCCUGUUACUGAAGCCUUUAACGAAGAGGAUGUUUUUCGGCAACCGAAUCGACGCAACUUCCAUCUCGAAAAUGGGACCCCAAUCGGGAGCUCGGUUCAAAGCGGUGGAGUGGAUUUCGGUACCGAUGCUGACAGAACAUGUGACAAGUGGUGUCUGUUUGUGUCAAAUUUCCUCCAACAUGAACAUGCCCAAAGGCUCCUCGAUCUGUUCGUAGCCUCACAGACGUGGUCCAGUACUACACAAUUAUGA